AUGAGACCUGGCAUGCCAAAUGGCGACACCAGCCAUCAAGGCAGUGCGGUACCUGGAAGCGCUCAAGCGACCGGCGGUUCCCAAAACCCCUUUUUUCUUAGACACAUGCCCUCAAAUAGGUUUGCCAGCUCAAUCGCUCGAGGCGCUUAUACUGCUGGCCGACGUGACCUUGAUCAACGCUCAAUCAUAACCGACCCACAGACGCCGGGUGCUGAACCCUCUGCAUGGAUCGACGAUGCCUAUUUGCGCGAGAACCCGUGGUAUCAGCAAAACAAGGCGAAACCGAUCUUCAGUUUGGCAAGGCCUCUCCCACAUCUGGCCCGGGGCCCAACAAAAGCCAAAGUCCCCAGAAAUCAGUCACAAGUGGACUUGGCAGAAAGAGGAGAGCUGGAAACGCCAAAAGCAGGAUCGCAGCCAGUGCAAAGGCAAGCAACAAACUCAAGUGUGCGGAACCAGAACCGUCUCCCCGAGCAUACCCCAGCUGGCACGGCUCACCAACAUAAGAAAAAUGACGCCGGGCAACCUGUUUUCGACUACAUGCCGAAUGUGGAAGGCAACGACGGCAAGGGUGGAAACGAUGAGAAGGCGGACAAUGAUGACAACGACGAAGAGACGGUAGCGGGCAGCCCGCAAAGCAGUGAUACCCCGGAAUUCAAAAUCGAUGGUAAGCCACUAGGCCAGAGGGAACACGAUGAUGUCGAGAACGGGUUGAAAGACCCCGAUGAACUUCGAAACUGGUGGGCGAGGGUGCGCGCCAAACACCCAGAGCCCUUGGCUGAGUUUCUAGCUACCGGCGUGGCAAUCUUUAUGGGACUGGCAGGCAGUCUCUCGGUAUAUCUCUCACAAGCGCAGCCCUUGCCGUACGGCAGCUACGAAACCGCUUGCUGGGCGUGGGGCUUUGCGUGGAUGUUUGGGGUAUACCUGGGAGGAGGCGUAUCCGGAGCACACAUGAACCCGGCAAUCUCCAUCAGUCUGUCUGUUUUCCGGGGGUUUCCGUGGCGGCAAUGCGCCAUGUAUGUUGCAGUGCAGUUCAUUGCGGCCAUAGUAGCAGGCGCGCUCGCCUACGGUGUCUUCGCAGACACCAUCCGCCACUUGGAUCCCACGUUGGAACUCAGCUCCCAGGCUCUGUUGUCGACCCCCCAAAGUUGGGUUAGCCCCGGAAACGCGUUUCUCAAUCAGUGCGUUGGAUCGGCAAUCAUGAUGAUCGCGGUCUUCGCUCUGGGUGACGACCAGAACAACCCUCCUGGUGCUGGAAUGCACGCUUUUGUUUUGGGGCUGUUAGUUACAACACUCAAGUUUACCAUGGGCUUCAACAUUGGGUCGGCUCUGAACCCAGCCUCGGAUUUUGGCCCAAGAGUCAUUGCUUAUGCCGUUGGAUACAGACAUGCCAACGUAUUCAGUGACCCGUGGUGGAUAUACGGACCAUGGGCGGCAACGCUGGUUGGCUCUUUUAUCGGCUGUAUAGUCUACGACAGCUUCGUAUUCGUCGGGUCUGAAAGCCCAGUCAACUACAGAUAUCCACCAACCAUAAGAAAGAAGAUCCAGAAGAAGAGCCGCCAGAUUAUGAGCAUGGGAAAUGGCUCUUAA